AUGGAUGCCCAGGCCAAGCCCUCAGCGCCACGGCUGCCCCGCUUCGAGCGCCACGUGCAGCCGUGCCUGGCAGAGCUGCUGGGCACUGCCCUCUUCAUCUUCACGGGCUGCCUGGCAGUGCUGGAGGAGCCAGGGGGCACGGGCAGGCUGCAGCCCGCCCUGGCACACGGGCUGGCCCUGGCUGCCACCGUGGCCGUGCUGGGGGACAUCAGCGGAGGCCACUUCAACCCCGCCGUGUCCCUGGCCGUGUGGCUGCUCGGGGGGCUGCGCGUCACCCUGCUCAUCCCCUACUGCCUGUGCCAGCUCUGCGGAGGGGUCAUCGGGGCUGGCCUGGCAAAGGCGGUGGCACCGAGCGAGCGCUUCAGCAACGCCAGCGGCGGAGCCCCGGGCGGUCCCACGGCCCCAGAGCAGCUCCCGGCCGUGCUGGGGGCCGAGAUCGUGCUCAGCUCCUUCCUGCUGCUCGUGGUGUGCAUGGGAGCCGUGAACGGCAGCACCCGCACCCCGCUGGCCCCGCUGUGCAUCGGCCUCACCGUCACGGCCGGGAUCCUGGCGGGGGGCGGCGUGUCCGGAGCCUGCAUGAACCCAGCCCGAGCCUUCGGGCCGGCUCUGGUGGCGAACUGCUGGAACUACCACUGGGUCUACUGGGUAGGGCCCAUGCUGGCCGCGCUGCUGGUCGGGGGGCUGGUGAGGCUCCUGCUGGGUGACCAGGCCACCCGCCUGCUGCUGAAGUGACAGCGGGCACAGGGCCCUGCCCGUGGGCAGCGGGCACGGCCCAGCCCAGCCCUGCCAGUGUGGAACCUCCUGCCCCUGCUCCUUCCCUUCCUCCUGCCCCCCUGGCACCUCCCUGGCACCCCUGGGCCAUCCACGGUUCCUCCUGAGGGAGGAUGGAAACGGGGCUCUGCCAGCCCUGCCCUGGCACUGCCUCACCGGGAGCAGCCUCGUGGUGCCCCAGGCUGCUCUGGCACUUCCCCUGUGCCGUGUCUGACCCCCAGAGCUGUGCCCGGGCACCCACAGGAGCCCUGUGCCCGCUGGGCAGCCGCCUCCUCCCGCUCUCGCCGGCGGCUCUGGCAGUGCCAGGGCAGUUCCCAGCUGUCCCCGUGGG